UAACGCACAAGUUUUCCGCCUACUUGCCAAGAACCAGGAAAUAAUCAUGAUAUUUUGAUAGGCGUCUCUCGGUUGAUUUUAGUCUUGACGAAAUAAUUAUUUUUCUUUAACGUUUGUGCUCAAGGAAGUUUGUUGCAGUUAUGGCUUCGUUAUUCAAGAAAAAGACUGUAGAUGAUGUUAUUAAAGAACAAAACAAAGAGCUGCGCGGAACCCAAAGACAGAUAACACGAGACCGAACAGCACUGGAAAAACAGGAAAAACAAUUGGAGAUGGAGAUAAAGAAAAUGGCCAAGACGGGGAACAGAGAUGCCUGUAAGGUUUUAGCCAAGCAGCUUGUACAAGUGAGAAAACAGAAAACUCGUACAUAUGCGGUCAGCUCUAAGGUUACCUCCAUGUCCACACAAACCAAGCUAAUGAACUCCCAGAUGAAAAUGGCUGGAGCUAUGGCCAAAACCACCAAAACAAUGCAAGCUGUCAAUAAGAAGAUGGAUCCACAGAAGACUAUGCAGACCCUGCAGAACUUUCAGAAGGAGACAGCAAAGAUGGACAUGACAGAAGAGAUGAUGAACGACACUCUGGAUGAAAUCUUUGAGGGUUCUGAUGAUGAGGAAGAAUCUCAGGACAUUGUGAACCAGGUGUUAGAUGAAAUUGGAAUUGAGAUCUCAGGAAAGAUGGCUCGUGCCCCUGCAGCUAACCAAAGGAAACCAUCUGCCUCCACAUCCAAAGCAGAUGAGAUAUCAGAUGAGGAUAUUGAGAGACAGCUCAAAGCUCUUGGAGUGGACUAAUACUGAUUCACACAUACAAACACCUGGUUAUUACCUGGAAACAGCAGGGGAAUCACACACACACACACACACACACACACACACGCGCACGCACGCACGCACACACGCAGACAAACAGACAGUCCAAUAUCUUACAUUCAGAGUCAUGUACCUGCCUACUCUGGGAUAAAGUGCCACAGAUGGCAAAUGCAAUUGUUUUGUUUUUUUAUUUAUUUAUGACAAUCGAAGAUGACUCAUAUCAUUUACAUGCACAGAAUAAUCAGAUAACUUUCAAAAAUUUUGUGCGUUUACAUGCAAAUCAAAAAACUGCUAUGCAGACAACUGUGUUUACAUGGGACUUGUAGAUAUGUCAGGUUUCUCGUAGGCAAUGACGUCACGGCCUACAGUGCAUAAUAGUCAUUCAAAAAGCAUAUCUGUCUUAAGCUAUACUGUUGUAUCUUCUAGUGUCUGCAGAACGAGAAAUGUAACAUGAGACUUAUCUGCCAACUGUCCAGAAGAGACUUUCAUGUGUUACUUUGUGCUUACUUCUGUGUGUGAUGUUUAUCUUUCACACGCGGAGACAUGCGUACAUGAACAAAACUGUGAGAAAGCCGGUUAAGGUGUUUGCAUGCCACGCGAAAUCGGGGAAAUGAGCAAAAAACUACCCCUGCCGAUCUUUUUUUGCUUGCGCCGUUUAUGGGCUUUCCCUGAUAAAAGAAAACAGUUUUGAAAAGACUGUGCAUGUUACACACCCAUUGUUGAUUGGGACUUUUUUCAUAAGAACCAUGGUUUUAUCUGAAAAUGUUUGUUUUAUUUCUUUUAGAAAGACAAAAAUAAAAAGGUAUUUUUGGGGA